AUGUGUACAUGUUUUCACACAUAGAUGAAAGUUAUUAAUUGCAGAAGGUUGAAAAUUAAAGUGACAGUAUACACUUUCAUUAACUUUCUUUUAUAUUUUCUGAAGUUUUGCAACAGAUAUUAUUAACAUAUAUUAUGGAAGUGAAGAAGCAGUGUGUGAAGACUUGGAACUCCAGGCUUUUGUGAAGGACAUCUUUGUCUAUGGGAUGAGGGGCAACAAGGAUUCAGGAUUUCCUAAGACAAUCAAGACACGGGAAAAGCUUUCUGAGUAUCUUACCAUAGUGAUAUUUACAAGUUCAGCACAACAUGCAGCUGUAAAUUUUGGUCAAUAUGAUUGGUGUUCCUGGAUUCCAAAUGCUCCUCCAACUAUGCGCUGCCCGCCACCUAUAGAAAAGGGGAAAACCACUAUUGAAUAUAUCAUCAAGAGUUUACCUGACAGGGGACGGUCUUGUUGGCAUCUUGGUGCUGUUUGGGCUUUGAGUCAAUUUCAGGAAAAUGAAGUGUUUCUGGGGAUAUAUCCAGAUGAACACUUCAUAGAGAAGCCAGUGAAAGAGACCAUGAGGAAAUUCCGCAAGAAUCUUGAUGGAAUUGCAAGUUAUAUUGCUGAACGUAAUAGGAACAAAAAACUUCCCUAUUAUUAUCUUUCCCCAGAUCAAAUUCCUAAUAGUGUGGCUGUCUAAUUUUUUAAAAAUUAAGAGUUGGUGUACCUAGCCAAAUGGAAAAUUAUCUAUGGCAUAAAAAAAUUAUAACCAUUUGUAUGCUUGAGCAGAAGAUUGGACUAGAAGACCCUUCCAAUCCUAUUAUUCUAUGUUCCAUAAUAACAGAAAAUUUUUACCUGUUUGUUUAAGA